AUGGCGUCCACCUUCUUACCUGAAGAGGAUGUGCAUUCCAAAUCCUCAACUCCUAUAGUUCCUUCGUAUUUCAACCCUAUAUCCCCCUUUUUUAAUGCUUACGACCGCUUUGCCCGCUGGCGCGAGGAUCUCGGCCUCCCCCAUCCUGGUUCAGUCGAAAAUCUUCAGAAGGAAGUGAAGGGCACCCAUCUGUCAAACUAUAUCUUUGACGGUGCUCGUGCGGACCUGACGAAAAGUCUUUCCGUGAACCCCUUGUUCCAGGUGACUCACUCCUUCGCCUUGGGAUCACAAACUCUUCCCUCUUCCUACAACUUCGGAGCUGUUUUUGCCAACCAAAAGGUUUUCCUUCAAGGUUCAGUAGACCACGAAGGCAGUAUUAGUGGCAGGUUUAAUAACGGUUGGGACGCUAACAAUGUAUUCAAGGUGCAAGCACAGUUGUCCCAACAAGCGGAGCAAAGCAUGAUUCAACUGGAGCACGACUACCAUGGUUCAGAUUUCAGUGCUAACAUUAAAGCCGUUAACCCCUCACCAAUUAAUCUCACUGGUGUCUACAUUGGUAGCUAUCUCCAGUCCAUCACUAAAAACCUGGCAAUUGGUCUAGAAGGUCUAUACCAGCGCCCUACCCCCGAUACCAGUGACCUGGCUGUCUCCUACCUGGCCAAGUUGACGAGUUCGGACAAAAACUGGAUUGCCACUGCCCAGCUGCAGCCUUCUGGUAUCCUUCAGGCCACAUACUGGCAACGGCUGAGCGAAAAGGUCGAAGUCGCCGCGGAUCUGCAAGUUCUUUCCGCUCCUACCCGAAGGGACGCCAUCGCGACUUUGGGCGCCAAAUAUGAUUUCAGAGUCGCGACCUUCAGAGCACAGGUUGACUCAACCGGCAAGGUGUCUGCUCUGCUGGAGCAGCGAUUCGUUCCAGCGUUCGCCUUCCUCGUUUCUGGAGAGAUAGAUCACUUCAAGAACUCGGCGAAGGUCGGUGUUGGUGUAAUGAUCGAAAGUACGACCUUGACACCAGAGGAGAUGGGCAUGAUGGGCCCACCUUAA